AUGCUGAGUGUCAUUAGCUGGGCCUACUACAAAGCUGAAUGCCAAGACGACGACUCGUCCACGACAACGUUCUAUCCUUACGAUGAAGAUCAUCCUGAUCUUACUUUGGAUAAUGGCAGUGCCAGUGGUAAUGGCUCUUCCACUCCCGUCGGUCUGACCGCUGGAGGCAUCGCGUGGUAUUACGUCGCCGAAAAUGCAACCAUCUUCAGCAAACGCCUCGGAUCUCUUCGAAAAGAGUGCAGCAAGGACAUCGAAUUAGUUUUCGUCGAUGCUCCCCAUGCCAUCCAAACGGCUGAUCUACGUGCCAAUGCGUCACACACUGAGUUGAGGGAUUUUGAUCCUACUGAUGGCCAGCAUAGAAGAGAAAAGUUGGAACACAUUGCUGUUCUCAAAAAACCUCAGUCAUAUCCUUCAUUUCUCAUUGACAACCAGCUGCCUCAUCCCUCUUUACAAAAAUUCUUUUGGGGAUAUCAGAAAAUCAACAUUGAGGAAUAUGAUGGGGGUGAGAUGUAUGAUCUGAAGUUUCUGGUUGAGUCUUACCAGUGUUUUAUAUAG